CAGUCCCUAAACGAAACUCUAUCAUACCAUUAAAUUCCAGUGAGAUUUUAAUCACUUUUAACCAAUCCACUACUCUCACAAGUAUCGCAAAUAGCAAUUUAUAUAUCUACCAAACAACCAGUCAGGGCACAAAUCUUCGACAAAAGUUUAAUUCAAGAACUUGUGAUCCUAGUCAAUGCUAUAAUCUAAAUGAUACUACUAUUAAUCUAAAAGUACUUUCUUGUACCUUCAAUGUCCCAGGUGGAAAAUAUUAUAUACAAAUGGAUAAUAAUUUUGUAAUGGCCACAGUUUUUAAUGAACCAUUACUGGGAAUUAAUCCAAAUAAAUGGACUUUUCAAUUAGCUAACGACUUAUCAAGUCAAAAAUAUGCUGGCAAUAUUAAUGGAAAAUUACGACUAACACCAAAUGGAACACAAUAUUUUAAAACUAUUGGAAAAUCUCAAUUUUUUCUUAAUUUGAAAGUUAGCCUCUCAAAAAUAAUUCCUAUAGAGGAAGAAAGAUUGUACUCGACUGAAUUGAAACAAAUUGAUGUAUCUUCUACUGGAUCUGACAAAUUUCUUAUAUCAUUUUCGAUUAAGGGGACAAGUGGUAACAAUAGGCUUUCAACGGAUAUAGAGAAAGAUUUAGACACGUUAAUAAGAAAUAAAAUGUUCACGAGCAUUUCAAUAGAUCCUUACACAAAAUUUUUAGAUGAAACAUACGGGUUUCAACGACAAUCUGAAUUCAAUGUAUGGUUUGAACAACAUGGAAGAUUUGCUAGUAUAAUUGCAAUAUUAUCGACUACAAAUAUUGAUAUGCUAUAUAUAUUGGAUUGCGAUAUUGGAUCUUUUGAUUCUGACAUUUUUAGAGCUCCAUUUUCAGAAAAUGCAAUUAAAGCGAUUUUUUAUGGAGGCUGUAUUAGAAUAUUUCUGACUGAUAUACCACAAUUUGUUAUUCAGGUUAUUUACUUAACUUAUAGUGUUGAGAUUGAAAUUACUCCACUCUUGGCUUUAAUAGCGUCAGGACUUUCAACUUUAUCCUUUAUAGCCACUAAAAUAUAUGGUAUUAAGUUUGAUUAUAUAGGAGAAAAAGUAAAAAGGAAAACCUCGACAUACAACCAUAUUGAAGAGGGAAAUGCUCAAAUCAAUAGAGAUGAAGAGGAACCUCGUAAAAAAGAUGAAGAAAAAAUUAAUAAGAACAAAGAUAAAAUUAUUAUUAAGAAUGAAGAUGAUGAUAAAGUAAUUGAUAAUAAUGAAGAUGGCGAAGGAAUUGAUAAAAACAAAGAUGAUAAAGUAAUUGAUAAUAAUGAAGAUGGCGAAGGAAUUAAUAAGGACAAAAGUGAUAAAGAAAUUGAUAAUAACAAAGAUG